AUGACUGACCUGGAAGUAAGCGUCGAUGAUUUGGUGAAGCUCCUCUCACCGACUAUGUCAUUAAUUGUUCGUCGUAAAACAAUGGAAGUUGUCACUCAACUGGGUACACCGCUCGAUGGAUCUGCUGGAAAAUACUUCCAAGCUCAAGAUUUUGCUCUGGGAAAAGCGAUUUGUCAGUUAUGUGAAGCAACUUCUUCGGAUCGAACUGAAACUCUGGCAGCUCUCACAAACUUCACUUCUGGUUCCAUUGAAGCCGCUGAUUUUGUAUUGGAUAAAUCAAAAUGUGUGGAAAUUGCUUAUACUGCAGUUGUUACUAAUGCCUUGUAUUCGUCAGUUGCCUCUCGUCUGCUUGUCAAUGUUUCCCGCCAUUUCCCAGAUCGUGUUGAUCAUAAGUUGAAAGCACGAAAUGCGAAUUAUAUUGGACAACUGCUCAAUGAGAUCAAGAAGUCUGUAGAGACUGGCGAUGAGGAUCGUGCGAAAUUCGUCGGAUUCACCGUUGUCAAUCUGUCAGUAUUGCCUCCAAUCCGGCAAAAUAUUGUUCAAGGAGGUGAGAAUGAAUCGUCGCCUCCGUCGACGACAAUGAAAUUGCUACCAAUUGUUUGCGAGUUGCUGACAACCGCCGAAACGACUGAAAUUCGAGAGUGUGCAGCCGACGUGCUCAGGAAUUUGGCGUUUGAUGAUAGUCUUCAUGGAUCAUUACUGGACACAUCUGACGAAUAUCUGUGCUCAAUCUUGGCUCCGUUGAUGGAUGUGAAUGAUAAUUUGGAUGAGGAGGAAAUUGCAAAGUUGCCUGUUCGUUUACAAUAUUAUGAGAAGGAACGAGAUAGCAGUGAUAUUGUGCGCCAAAAGCUGAUUGAAGCUCUAUUCCAGCUAUGUGCCACAAAACAUGGACGUGAAGUGCUUCGAGCCAAAGGAGUCUAUCCUGCAAUGAGAGAACUUGACAAAGGAACUGAAACUGCUGAGGAUAAGCACAAAAAGACACUGUUAAGCUCACAACAAGAGCACACUCUUCAUGCAUUAAUUGGAAUUCUUAUUCGUUAUGAAUCUGAAAUGGAUGUCGAUCCGGAACUCAGCUCAAUUCGCGAACUUGGAACAUCUGAAGUCACCGAGAUAACUAAAACGUCUUGAUUGUUCUCUUUUGAAUUUCACAUUUCAUUUUGUCACUUGUUAAUCAAUUGUUAACCCAUUUUGUUUGUUGAUUGAAAUUAAUUUUCGAAUUCCA